ACUGUGAGUAAAAUAAACCCCACAGAGAGGCGGACCGUUGGAACUUUAAAGGGAUAUAGAGCUCAUAGUUAGAUAUAUAUAUAAAUUAAUCUCUUUAUAAGUGCGCAAAAGCGUUAGGGCUUUUAUUUAGCGUCAGAAAUGACUAAGUGCCAAACUGAUUAAUCCGGCUGUGUGAAUGGGAAAAGCUGAUAAUGUCAAAACUGUCUCUGGGAGGGAAGACGUCCUCUGGUAAAUUAAGCAGCUGGGUACAACCGUCCUUUGGUGACUUUUUCGGAGGCUCGGGGUCGAACUCCCUUCCCUCAACAAAGGGACUUUCAGGAGAAAGCAAGUCUAAAACUCAGUCCUCGAAUGCGGGUGUCGGUGGAAAGAAGCUGAGGAAGAGAAAGGGAGAGCCUCAAACCUCUAAGCUCGAGCCUGGUGUCUUCUCAAGCAGACGAGGAUCACAGGAGAACCAGGAUGAAUCCUGGGUGGAUGUGCAUGCACCUCAGACACAAGCCGAGCUGGCAGUCCACAAGAAGAAAGUCGAGGACGUUGAGAGUUGGUUGAGGGUUCAUCUGGACUUAAAGAGUGCUAAUAAGGGUGGUGCUGUUCUGUUACUGACCGGUCCAUCCGGCUGUGGAAAGACUGCCACGGUUCACGUCCUAGCUAAAGAUGCGCGCUGUCACAUCCAGGAGUGGACGAACCCGACCACUGCAGAGUACAGGAAGGAUGACGCCUUCAUGGACAGCUUCGAUCCAGCCUCCAGGUUUAACAGCUUCCAUAGCAGUUCACAGACAGCAGCUUUCCAGGAGUUUCUGCUCCGAGCGAACAAAUACAACCGGCUGCAGAUGAGCGGAGAAGACGGGGCUCAGGAGAGGAAGAUCAUCCUCGUAGAGGAGUUCCCAAACCAGUUCUACAGACAGCCAGGAUGCUUGCAUGAUAUCCUCAGGCGAUACGUGCGGACCGGUAGAUGCCCGAUGGUCUUCAUCGUAUCUGACAGCCUGAGCGGAGACACCAGUUCCAGACUCCUCUUCCCCAAAGACAUACAAGAGGAGCUGAGCAUCCAUAACAUCAGUUUUAACCCCAUAGCUCCUACCAGCAUGAUGAAGGUGCUGAGUAGGAUUGCGACCGUUGAAGCGAGCAAGAGUGCUAGGAUCUCUCUCCCUGACAAGCCGGCGCUGGAGCAGCUGUGCUCCGGAAGUUCAGGAGACAUACGGAGUGCCAUCAACAGCCUACAGUUCUCCUCCUUCACUGACUUCUCUCUGGAAAAAAGCCUCUGGGCUUCUAAGAAAGGAAAAUCAUCCAAGUCUGCAGCCAAAUCCACAUCGAGAUCUAAAGGCAAAGGCCGGUCUGCUAAAUCCACUGACGGGCUGGAGGAGAGCCCUGCUAUAGGAGGAAAAGACGCAUCCCUCUUCCUCUUCAGAGCGCUCGGAAAGAUCCUCUACUGCAAGCGAGAAAGCUAUGAAGCUGGGGAUGUUCCUAAGCUUCCAGCACAUCUUUCAGAGCAUCAGAGGGAUAAACUGCUGGUUGACCCAGAGCUCGUUAUCGAGCGCUCCCACAUGUCAGGUGAGCUCUUUAACCUCUAUCUGCACCAGAACUACAUGGACUUUUUCUCAGACGUGGAAGAUGUGGCACGGGCCAGCGAGUAUCUCUCAGACUCUGACUUCCUGACAGCAGAAUGGACUUCCAGGUCCACCAUGUUGGAGUAUGGAUCUUCAGUGGCCACUAGAGGUCUCAUCCACUCUAACAGCGCCCGCGCUCAGGCUGACCAACCGUCGUCAGUCGGCUUUAAGCCACUUCACAAACCCCACUGGCUGCAUAUUAACAAGACGUACCGAGAGAACUAUCUGACCGCCCAGUCGCUCUUCAUCAGCUUCUGUCUGACCCCUGUAAGCCUCGUAACGGAGCUAGUGCCCUAUCUGGCCAUGCUCAGCAACCCUAUGAGGAAUCAAGCUCAAAUAACCUUCAUCCAAGAUGUUGGCCAUCUGUCUCUCAGGAGAUUUCCUGGCAGAUUAAAACUUGAAGCACUUGGAGAUAAAGACCCUGGCCUUCUGGACCUGGACAGUGAUACUGAUGAGGCAGGAACCCAGAGCACUGAGCCUGGUGCUCAGACCACUGUCCCAGCAGAUACCACUGCUGUACCCACCCUCCCAAACAGCCAGGAGCCUGGGGGUGACCUCCCCGCCAGCCAGCCCCAGCCAACCACCGCCGAAGCCUUACUGGACGAGAAGGACCUUCUAAUCGAGGAGUAUGACAGUGACUGACAAAUCACACACUCCUGUUGCCUAUAUAUCUUCCACCAUCGUUGCCCUGAGGAGAUGGGGUUCUUACCUUUGUUUCAGCAUCACUGUGUUUUUGCUUAUGGUUUUAUAAUGUGAAAUAAUCAGCAGGUUUAUAUUUAUUUAGUUCAGCACAAACCGCAGACAGUCUUUGUGUCGUGUAUGAUGUACAUGUUGGUGUUACAGUGUUCCUAUCGGACUCGGUUAUAGGGACCUACAGAAAGUGAGUGAGUGUUAUGUAUGAUUUAAAUAAAAAACAGUUUUUGGACAUUGUUAUAAUAUAAUUGUCUUUGUUGUCCAGAUAAUUUAAUUCUAACAUGUUGGUUCUUUAAUACGUGCUGCACUUGAGUAGGCAAUAAAAUGUAUGUUUUGCA